UCAUAUACCUAUUAUGUAUUGCCUACUACCUAGUACCUACGUUAAUAUCCCUGAAAUAGGAUUUUGGAUCCAAAAUUUUUAUGAAUUUUAAAUUUCCGUUUUUCGUUGAUCCGUAAAAUUUUGUAGUUUGUUGUCUUUUUGCUCUUGAUUUAUGUGUAUUGGAUUUUUGUGGGAAAGAAUUGGUUUUUAUAAUUUACAAAUUUAGUUAAAGGGUCGAACUUAGUUGUAAUUUUAAAAAUCUAAUUCAUUUAUCUAAUAAGCGUGACUAUAAAGUGAAUUGGAGCAGUAUUUGUUUGAUACUUUGUUCUACAUAACAAUGAACGACAACGAAAAAGAAGAAGCUGCUAAUUUGAAAGAAGAAUUCGAAUGGGUUCUACGUGAAGACGUACAUGCCAUACUACACCAGCUCCACACUGUCUUGGUUGAAUGUGCUCAUAGAUUUCCAGUUCCAUUAUAUGGAAAUGAAGGACAAAAACAAGAUAAGUUUAUUUUGACCUCUCAACCAGAACAACUCAAAUGCAUAUUGACACUUACUGGUGACAGCAUCACACAUGCAGAUAUAAGCUUUAAAGUAUUAAGACAGAUGCACCUAAUGUGUCGGACAUCAAUUAAUCAAGAUGGUCCAUGGAAGUUGCAGCAGAUACAAGAUGCAGCAAACCAUUUGCAACAAGCUAUUGGUUACAUUGAUAAUGUAGAUAAACAUUAUGUGUUUAGGUCAUCGGAAGAAGUGUUGCAUAUAAUUCAGUGUCUGAUUGGAUCCUUGCAAAGAGCGCGCACAGCUCUUGUGUUACCAAAGAAAAAAGCCAUUGAUGAGUUAAUGAAAAGUCGAAAUAUGACAGCGCUGUCUCCAAAUUUACCUGAGGAUCUGGCGAUAUCUUUCUACAUACAAUCAAGCAAACUGGUUUUCGUCGCUUAUCAGCUGAGUUCAGUUCACGGGACAAUGCGCAUUGACUCCUGUCAAGCUGACUGCGCCGUGCCUUGGCUUAGCGAUGUCCUCUUUAUGCUGACUGCAGCGCUCCAUAUGUGUCAACAACUAAAGGAUAAGCUGUGCGUCUUCUCCCAGUACAAAGAUUUCACAGUUGGAUCAAGAUCUGCGUCUACAGUGUUUAAUUAAUUACUUAAUAGACAUUAUAUCAAUAUUUAUUCAGUUAAAUGCAUUUAUUAGUAUAACGAAAAUAUAAAACCAUUAAUGAGAAUUAUCAAUUUGAUUAUACUGAAUAAAUAAUGAUAUAAUUUUUAACAUCAAUAUUAACUAUAAUGAACUUAAAAAUUUCGAUUAUACCAAAUCCUUCGUAAGUUUUGAAGACCAAGAGCGCAAACUCCGCGAUGUCUAAAUUUGACGUAAGUCACUUACCGCUAUAUCUCGAUACUGAGGUUAACCUAGUUGUGUUUUCCGAGCAUGAGAUCAUCUUAAAUACAAUGUAAUCGGCAGCUCAAGUCUGAGCAAGUGAUCAGCAAGGAAGCAUCUGGAGUAGAUCCGUUUCCACCGUUUUAUGUCCAGCGUCUCCUAUGACCGUGUAGUCUUGAGGUCGAUGAGUCUUUCAAGUUUCAAUUGAUCGGUCCAUCUGGUUAAGGUGGUUACGAAAUUUCGCUCGAUGUGAAUAUUGGUUCGUUGUGAGCAUGCUCAACAUGCUCAACACCUGAAUGCUCGCGUGUGCUCCAACCAAUCCACAGUUGCAGUCAAAAUGGCGGACGUAGAGGUGGUGGCGACUGACUGGUAAUGUAACAUUCAAAGGGAUUCGUCAAAAAUUCGACAGCCGAGUGGGGCGCGCUUGGGCUCUCGGCACUCGUAUCGAGUGGUUCGGCUCCAUGUACUGACAUGCCAAAUAUUCGACUUGUAACCUGCUCAUAUUGAGCGAAUAUUCAAUGUCAGUCGCCACCUUUAGUGAACGGCCGUGAUCUUUUGCCUUCUGUGUUACCAACCACUAACAGUUUCUCCAAGUUCUUGUCGCUUCUAAUCGUCUAUAAAUUUGUUUUAGUUGUGUAUACAUGAAAAAUACCACCAUUUUUGAAUUGGAUGUAUUUAAUUGUUUGUUUGGAAUUUAUAAUCGUAGUGAAGGGUUUGGAUCUGGACUUGUAAAUAUUUAAUUAUUAAAGCCGCGUAUCGACUACGCGGUCUUGGAGCGCGCUCCAUGAAUGACCGCGCCGAGAGAGCGUUCCAAACGAUUGAGGUAUAUCAACUAAGCGCGUGGCAACUGUUACAUUAUUUGACUUUGAUCUUCAUCAUGUAAGUCAGUUGUAUAUGAGUUAGAUUUUUUAAUUUUUAAAGAACUUAAAAAUUAAAAAAUUUCUUAUUACAAAUAUUUUUUUUUUCAUCAGAAACAUAAUAUAUACGAACGAGAUAUACGUCGCCAUUUGGCAUCUUUAAGUCUACUUGGCAAAUUCUGAUAUGUAUCUUUAAUGCCCUUUUGAAUUGUUUAAACACGCUAAUAUUACGAAUUUUAGACGAUGAUUGAUUAAAUAAUUGGUUUUUGGUACUUAGUUCUUUAAGCGAUUUAUUACGAUACGAAGCAGUUAUGGUAUUUCACAGUAGUUCUACCAUACAGUUGUAUAAAUGUUCGGCAGAAUUGGUUAUCCAUAUUGGGAUCGCAACAAACAAAUACAACGUGCCCGUAUUAAUUUGCGCGUCACGACUGACCGACAACCGACACCCGUCGGAAGAGUGUCGGUUUUUUGCCGAGCGCUCCUCGCUCCGGUGCUCCAACGAACACAUUCGCGCGGCUGGUACGCGUGCCAUUGUUCGCCUUCUUGGAUCGCGUAGUCGAUACGCGGCUUAAAGGUGACGUUCAGUAUAGUUAAUAUUGUUUAACACAUAUUUAUUCAAUUGAUACUAUUCAAGUCCAUUGUUGAUAUUCUUGUUGACUUUGUUGUAAUGUUUGUAAUAUACUAUAUUAAGUAUAAUAUACCACGUUAAUCUUUCGAAGUAAAGAGAGAGCAUUCCUAAAUAUACGCGAGUUAAUAAACGGCGAUGCUUUUUGCGAAUGAUUUUUGAUAUCUCCUAGAUUGGUAGCUAUCUGGGGUUAACGGAAUCCUA